AUGAAGCGCCGUCCGCGUCCGAACGUCACGUGGUGGCGCGACAACGCCCUCAUCGACGCCAGCUGGGAGACGACUGCCGACGGCGCCACGCGCAACCAGCUGACGCUGGGCCCGCUGAUGAAGCCGCUGAGCGUGGCCUUCAUGGGGCUGAACGUGCCGCUGUCAGCCGGCCGGCGCCACCGGCUGACCUGCAGCACGGUCGGCUCGCGCCCCCCGGCCACCAUCUCCUGGUGGAUGGCCGACAGGAGGCUGACGGAGGUCACACAGCACGUGAGCGAAGACGGCAACAGCACGACCUCGACGGUGACCUUGACCCCGCGAGUCAGUCACGACGGCCAGAGCGUCAAGUGUCGCGCGGCCAACAGCGCGCUGGCGGGAGAGGUGAUCGAGCAGUCUCGCAGGCUCACCGUCUACUACGCGCCGGUUGUGACGUUGCAGCUGCAGACACCACACCAGGGCAGGGAGUCGAUCGCCGAGGGUGAUGACGUCACGCUGACCUGCCAGGUCAGCGCCGACCCGCCGGCGCACAGCAUCGAGUGGAAGCUGAACGAGCGGCCCCUGAACCGCAGCUCUCUGACCGGCACGGAGGUCACCAACGGGUCUCUGACCCUGCGUCGGGUCACGGUGCGCGACGUGGGCUUCUACACGUGCGAGGCACUUAGCAGUGAGGGCAGAGGGCGCAGCAACGCCCUCUACCUGCCCGUCAGACACGCACCGGAUUGCAAGCAGUUUCAGAAACGGUCAUACGAGACAGCCCGAGGAGAGACAGUGAACGUGACUUGCGAAGUCAACUCGUUCCCGCCACCUAAAAGCUUUUUCUGGGCGUUCAACUCAACAGACGUGUACACAGAGCUGCCGCCGAGCCGGGUGCGCAGCAGGCAGGGCGUCAGCGUGGCCAGCGUGUCCGCCCAGAGCACGCGCGACUACGGCACGCUGCUGUGCUGGGCCGAGAACACGGUCGGCCGUCAGGCGGAGCCGUGCGUGUUUGCCCUGAAGCCGGCCGCCAUGUAG